AUGAUAGAUGCAACAGCACAAACUAAUGUUUAUAACGUUUUAAAUGAUGUUAAUACAAUUCUUUCUGAGCCAAUAUUGUCUCAUGAAGUUGUUGGAUCAUGUAUAAUGCAUUUAGAGAAAUAUACAAAUGCAUUAGACGAUGAACUUGAAAUGCUGCAAAUUGGAUUGAACAAGAAUGUAGUUGAUUCAUCAUUCUGCAUGUCUAUGAAAGAAAUAUUCCAUAGUUUAGUUCAGGAUAUAGAAUCUAUGCAAUCACGAGCACUUGAGAUGGAAAAUUUGGUUACAGAGAUUACAACCGAUAUUAGGCAAUUAGACUAUGCAAGACGUAAUAUAAUUUCAUCAAUGAUUGUUUUAAAGCGUCUUCAAAUGUUAACGAUUGCAUAUGAACAGUUAAAAGCUCUGGUCAAGGCAAAACAGUAUGGAGAGAUUACACAUUUAUUAGAAGCAGUUUUAGAGUUAACUUCUUACUUUAAAUCAUUUAGAAGUGUUGAUCAAAUUGCUAUACUUUGCAACAAUAUUUAUGAGUUAAAAAAAGAUUUACUUGAGCAAGCAUCUUUAGAUUUUGAGAACAUAUUUUCUAGUUCUUUAGAUUUAAAUAAAAAAGCAUCUCAGUUGCAGGAAAUAUGUAUUAUGAUAGAUACUCUUGAAAACAAAGCAAGAGAACGUAUUUUGCUGUGGUACUGUAAUACUCAACUUAGAGAAUAUCGUGCAGUAUUUCGAGGAAAUGAUGAGGCUGCUUCAUUGGACAAUAUUUCUCGAAGAUAUGCAUGGAUAAAAAGAAUGUUGAAACUUUAUGAUGAAAAACAUUCAAAAAUGUUUCCUGAGUCAUGGAAUACAGAUGAAAGAUUAUGUCACAAUUUCUGCAUAAAUACAAGUGAAGAUAUUCGAGAUGUACUUUCUAAAUCUGGAAGGAAUUGUAAAAUUACUAUAUUUAUAGAAGCAUUAGAGAAAACAUUGGAAUUCGAACAAUUUUUAGAAAAGAGAUUUAUUUUUGAUCAUUGCAGUUUGACAGAUAGCGUUGUUCCAAAACAAAAUGGUAAAACAUUGACAUUUCAUAAAAUUAUAAGAAAUACAUUUGAUCCAUAUUUGAAUAUUUUCAUUGAAUCUCAAGAAAAUAUAUUAUCUUCCAUGAUUCAAUCUUUUAAAAAAAUAGAUUUAGAAAACGAAAUAAAAAAUAAUGCUCAAUUAAUAGUAACAUCUUCUUCAACAGAAUUGUUUUUAUCUUACCGCGAAACUUUAACACAAUAUGAAAAACUGUUGGAUGGACGGCUUUUGCUUGAGUUAUCUUAUCUUUUUGGGAAAUGGCUUAUCAUAUAUGCUGAAACAAUUUUAUUACCCGUUAUAGAUGGAAGACAAACAUUAAAUAUAAAUACUUGUUGUUUAGUUUUAAACACAUCAGAUUAUUGUUAUAAAACGACUGUACAGUUGGAAACACUUAUAAAAAGUAAAAUAAUAGAUGAUUUUCGAGAAAAAGUAAAUUUUACCAAAGAAGAAGAAAUGUUUUUAAAUAUUGCUGGAGUUUCAAUUAAAAGUCUUGUAAAAAUAGUAGAAGCAAAUUUGUCUGGUCCAUUUAAAGAUAUGGUAAAAAUAGAUUGGAGCCAAUUGGAAAAUAUAGUAGAUCAAAGUGCAUAUGUCAUUGGUAUAACGUCAGUAUUAAAAGAUAUGUCCAAAAAAAUUAUAGAAAAAAUUCCUAUAGAAAAAUUCGUUAGAACUUUUUGUGAUAAAAUAGUUGAAUCAUUUUUAGAUAAUUUUAUAUUUUAUAUUACCCGAAGUCGACCUAUUUCAGAAAUUGGUGCAGAACAAAUGAUUUCAGAUUUAUAUUCAAUUAAAAUGACUCUUUUAAAGCUUCCUGUAAUUACAAAUAAAAAGAAUGCACAAGCACAUAUAUCAUACACUAAAUUUGUUAAUAAAGGGAUAUCAAGAAUAGAAACUAUUUUAAAAGUAUUAUUAACACAGAUUAAUUCUUCUGAAGAAUUUGUAAAUAAUUAUUUUAUAUGGAUUGGUGAUAAAAAUGCAUCUAAUUUUUUGAAAAUUUUAGAACUUAAAGGUAUUCGUAAACAAGAACAAAAUCAAUUAUUAGAUAUAUUUAAUAUUCAAGUAUCAGAGCAUUCAGAUUUGAUAGACUCAUCCCCACUUUUGGAAUCUCUAGUUCUUUCUUCACAAACAGGGCCAAAUACAGGCCUUUCUUCUCGUUUUGAUGCUUCUAAUAUUAGCUCUAUUUUUUCUAUAACACGGGAAAAUUUUGAACGAUUACCUCGAAACUCUACAUUAUCGAAUUCUGAAACAUUACCAUCGUCUGGUUCUCGAUUAAAUGAGCGUUUUAAGGGAUUAUUCCGAAGAGAUUCCUCUUCAGGAACUAGUCCUUCAAGUAAAGAAUCUUAUUUUAAACCUAAUUAUGUUUCUUAA